AUGCAUCUGCUGGACUAUGUCCUCGUCCGAAAACGUAACCAGCGGAACGUGCUGGUGACAAAGGCGAUCGCGGACGCUGAUGGGUGGACCGACCAUCGCCUCGUCAUCUCGAAGAUGCGUAUUCGCCUACAGCCUCGCAGGAGACCACAAGGUAAGCGACCCCCAGUUAAGCUGAAUGUUGCCUUGUUGUCUUUGCCCGCUCAUCAUCUUCAUUUCAGCAAUGAGCUAGCUCAACGGCUAGACAACCUCCCCAUCGCCGAUGCCGCCGCUGCAGAGAACGCAUCUGUGGAGAGCAGAUGGUGUCAACUGCGAGACACGGUCCAGUCGACGGCGCUCGCCGUCCUCGGUCACGCUCCCCGCCAACGCCAGGACUGGUUGGACGACAACGACGCCGCCAUCAGAAAUCUGCUUGCUGAGAAGAACCGCCUACACAAAGCCUACGUAGAUCACCCCACUGAGGACAAAAAAAGCUGCCUGCUACCGCAGUCGUCGACACCUUCGGCAACGUCUGCGCGAGAAGCAGGACGCCUGGACUGCUCGCAAAGCUGAGGAGAUCCAAUGCUACGCGGAACGCAACGAAUGGAAGAACUUCUUCUCCGCGAUCAAAGCUGUCUACGGUCCGCCGACGAAGGGCACUGCUCCUCUCCUCAGCGCCGACGGCAGCACUCUCCUGACUGAGAAGACGCAGAUCCUGCAGCGAUGGACCGAGCAUUUCCGAGGCGUCCUCAACCGCCCCUCCGUCAUCUCCGAUGCCGCCAUCGAGCGUUUGACACAAGCGGAGCCCAACACAGACCUCGACCUCCCGCCAUCCCUACAGGAAACGAUCAGGGCCGUGCAGCAGCUCUCCAGUGGGAAAGCACCCGGAUCGGACGCGAUCCCUGCUGAGGUCUACAAGCACGGAGGUCCCCUACUGAUGGAUCACCUGACUGCGCUCUUCCAGUAGAUGUGGCGUCAAGGUGAAGUCCCGCAAGAUUUCAAGGACGCAACAAUCGUGCAUCUCUACAAGCGAAAAGGGAAUCGCCAAGUCUGCGACAAUCACCGCGGCAUCUCCCUACUGAACAUCGCCGGGAAGAUCUACGCUCGCAUCCUUCUCAACCGCCUCAAUAACCACCUGGAACAGGGCCUUCUGCCGGAAAGCCAGUGCGGCUUCCGUCGUCAUUGUGGGACCACAGAUAUGAUAUCCGCUGCCCGUCAACUUCAGGAGAAGUGUCAGGAGAUGCAGACCCACCUGUACUCCACCUUCGUGGACCUGACGAAAGCCUUCGACAGGGUGAAUCGUGAAGGACUGUGGAAGAUCAUGCAGAAAUUCGGCUGUCCGGAGCAAUUCACUCAGAUGGUGCGUCAGCUGCACGGCGGCAUGAUGGCGCGAGUCACGGACAACGGAGCCGUCUCAGAGGCAUUCGCAGUGACCAACGGAGUGAAGCAGGGAUGCGUGCUGGCACCCACCCCCUUCAGUCUUAUGUUCUCUGCCAUGCUGAUGGACGCCUACCGCAAUGAAAGCCCGGGAUCCGCAUCGCCUACAGAACGGACGGUCACCUGCUGA